UUUUUUUGGGGGGGAAGCAAUGCUAAAUUUCUGCAAAAAGCAGAAAAAUUCGCCAAAUUUCCAAUAGUAGUUCCCCCUCCCCUUUAUUUUUGUUUAAAUUUGCAUUUAUUUGCUCUUCUCUUCCCCUUCAGACUUUAGCCUUUCCCAGGGCUUGCGCAUCUCUGCGUGUCCCUGGGCGAGCUCGGCCACGCUAGAAACACUGCUCCGGUCUAGAAGUGACCCAAAAAGGACUGAAAACACCCCAAAAAAAAGGGAUUUCCAUCAAAGCGGGAGCAGAGGGUGAGCUGCUGGAGGGGGCCGGCAGGAUGCCGACGGGCCAGCUAUUCAUCGCCGCCGCCCUCCUCUUCCUCGGGCGAGGAAGCAGCGGGACUGACGGACCUGCCGAAACGUCGCCCGUGGGGGCGAUGGGAAGGAAACCUCUGCAGCCCCCGGCCGCCAGCUGGCGCUUUCCCCGGAGGAAGCGGGAUGAAGAGCCAUCUUCUCACCUCAAGUGGGUGGCUUUUGAAGGCCAGCUGCCCGCCAACGCUGUCUCCAACUGGAACGAGUACGCCAAGAGGAUGGAGUACGUCUGCUCGACGGAGGUGUUGUACUGCAACACCGGUGCCUACGUCCCGGAGCGAGGGUCCUACUGCUUCUUCCCCUAUGGAGAAUGGGAGCACCAGGCCUCUGACUUCAACGUGUUGGUCAACGUCGGAAAUUUCGAGGCGCUGGAUUGGGUGGACGACUCCUUCGGCCACGUGCCCAAAAACGCCGUGGAGGGCUGCCCGUCGGUUGAUGUCUUCGUUGGGAGGAGCCGGUACGGCUUGGGCAAGGUCUCCAAAGUGCAGAGGGCUGCCUUCAUGGUGGUGGAUGGCGAGGAGGUUUGGUUGAAGUGGUACCAAGUCUUGGUGGUCAAGAAGGGGCCGGCAGACGUCACCAUCUCCGAUGUCCGCUACAACAUGAGCGGGGCGGUGGAGCGCGGGGAGGACGUCACGCUGAUGAAGACCACGGUGAGUAACGAGGGCUGCCAAGGGGUGCGUAAAACUGUCACCAUGGAGGAGGUCACUGAGAUGGAGCACGACUGGGAGAUGGACGAGAGGGUCUUCACCACCAUCCAUGGGAUACUGCGAGCCAACCUCUUGGCCUUCAACGGGACGGGCUGGGAGGUCACCACCACCACCAACAUCCCCUGGGUGGGGGGAGCCAGCACCAGCGAGUACGUUGCCCGUACCCACGUGGUGGAGGAGGAGGUGCGGGCCCGGACGGCGUGCGAGGUGGCCCUGGAGGGACGCCGGCUGGACCUUCACGUCCCCUUCACCGCUCAGCUGACCCGUGACUUUGGCGACGGUCAACCACACCGUGUGGACGUGAUGGGGCGGGCUCGUUGCCGCGUGGUGGCGGGUGUCCGGGCCGGUGUGAAGCAGUGCUGGCCCAUCACCGACGUCCCGCCGUGCCGGCCGUAGGGGAUGGUGAGGCGGGUCCGUCUAGCGGCUUCUUGCAAUCUCCUUUCUCUAUAUUUUUUUUUUUCCGCCCCCAAAUAACUACCAGCUCACCCCAAAAUGAGAUCUCGGCAACCUGGAAUGCGGAAAAGUGCGUUUAUUUUGCCUUCUGUAUUUUCUGUUUUCAUGGCAUAACCUUCACCCCCCCCCCCCCUUUGAAACGACAGCAACGUGGAACGCAGAAAAAUGUGGGGUUUUUUUUUUUCAGUCUGUUUUUUCUAUUUUCUCCAAAAUAACCUCCCUCUUUCCCCCCAAAAAACACAGCAACAACGUGGAAUACAGAAAAAUGCCA